AUGGCGGAGCAUAUCACCGACACCACCCUGUCGCACCGACAUGCCGCAAACGACGAAGACAAGUCCGCCCAGGCGACCGCCCACGUCGAGCGGGUUCUCUCCCCGUCGGACGGGGACCUGAAGAAGAACCUGGGGGUUGACGCCGCCCGCGUCGACGAGGAGAUCGCGGCGUACGCGGCGCGCGGCGCGGUCGAGGUCGACGAGGCCACUAGCCGCCGGCUGCGGCGCAUGAUCGACCGGCGCGUGCUGGUAAUCAUGGUCCUGACGUAUUUCCUGCAGGCGCUGGACAAGGGGACCAUGUCGUUUGCGUCGAUCAUGGGGAUCCGCACGGACACGGGGAUGAAGGGGCAGGAGUACUCCUGGCUCACGACCUGUAUCUACAUCGCCGUCCUGAUCGUCGAGUAUCCGACCAACUGGAUCAUCCAGCGCGUGCGCAUCGCCAAAUACCUGGGGGUGAACAUCAUCCUGUGGGGUACCACCCUGGCGCUGCACGCCGCGUGCAAGAACUUCGCCGGGCUGGUGGCCGUGCGCACCCUCCUGGGCAUCUUCGAGGCCGCCUGCCAGCCCACUUUUGUUCUGCUGUCCAGUAUGUGGUAUAAGCGGGAGGAGCAGGCGGCCACGGUGACGUAUUGGUACAUGAUGAACGGCGGCCAACAGAUCGUCGGCGGGCUGUUGGCGUACUGCUUCAGCCUCAUCGGCCGCCACGGCCCCACCGUCCUCAAAUCCUGGCAGGCCCUCUUCCUCACGUACGGCUGCAUCUCCGUCCUCUGGGGGUUUUUUGUGCUGUGGUGGAUGCCCGACUCCCCCAUGAAGGCCAAAUGCUUCAACGAGGAAGACAAGCACCUGAUGGUCGAGCGCGUGCGCGCCAACCAGACCGGUCUGCAGAACAAGACCUUCCGCGCGUACCAGAUGUGGGAGGCCUUCCAGGACCCGCAGAUGUACUGCUACUGCGCGAUCCAGGUCUUCACGACGUUACCGACGAGCGGGCUGGGGGCGUUCGCCAACAUCAUUAUCACCGGGUUUGAUUUCACCGAGUUGCAAACGCAGUUGUUGGCGAUGGUGCUAGGGUUUUAUAUUAUCUUUGUGCUGCUGACCAGUGCGUUCCUGGUGAAGCGGUAUAACCAGAAUAUUUUGGUCAUGCUGGGUUUUAUCAUUCCCUCCUUCAUCGGCACCAUCGUCCUCAUGACCGUCGAGAACAAGAACCUCAGCACCAAGGUCGGCCUGCUGAUCAGCUACUACAUCACCCUCUCCUUCUGGUCCGCCCAGAACCUGUGUCUGUCCAUGGUCUCGCGCAACAUCGCGGGCGCCACGAAGAAGUCCACGGUGGUUGCGGCGACCUUCGUCUCGUGGGCCGUGGGGAAUGCCAUCGGCCCCCAAGUCUUCCUCGCCCGCGACGCCCCCCGCUACUUCAUCGCCUUCGGCGUCCACCUCGGCUGCUACUCCGCCAUGACCCUCGCCGUCAUCUACCUGCGCUUCCACCUGAUCGCCCAGAACAAGAAGAAGGAGCGCCUGCUGCGCGAGGCGGGCGUGAAUCUGGAUACCCCUGGGGAGGGAGGCGGGGAUCAUCUCGCGCAUGCCUUUGAGGAUCGCACCGAUCGCGAGAAUUUGCAUUUCCGGUAUAUUUAUUAG